AACAGUGGUCCUUUCUGAUUUUUCUUUAUUCUCUCACCUGUUUUAAUCACAAACAGAAAAGACUAGGAAUAGAAAAAAAAAUGACUCAUAGACUAUUUAGACCAGACACAUCCAGCAUCCUGAAAAUAUCAUGACCACUUACAGAGGGCCUACCAUGGGCCAGGCACUGUGUGAAACACUAACGUUAUUAUCUCACUUGAUGUUCUUGACAAUCCUGGGAGGUGGGUGUUAUUAUUAUUCUCGUUUUUUACAGAUGAGGAUACCAAGGCACAUAGAAGCCAAGUGACCAUCCAUUAGUAGAGCCAAACAAGAUUAGAAUUCAAGUGUCCAGAUGCCCAUUUAAAGUAUUUCCUUGUGACCACCUCUUUCCCUUCUGAGAAUCAAUAAAAGCCAAUUUUAGAGAUAAGGGCAAGCUAAGGUUUGUCCAUGAUAACCUUGCCCUAUUGGCAGCCCCUGGCACCUUUAGAUGGGCAUUUAUGCUGAAAAUACCAUCUAGCAGCAGUCACUGCCUGCUUAAAAAAUGAGCAGUCUUGGUAAUCUCACCAGCUUUCUGUUCUUAGCCUAAAGCUGUAAGAGGUUUACAGCGGCUAUUUAGGAGCACGCUUGAUUUCGAGAUGCAUUUAGGGGUCAGUGCAUGAAUGAAAAUAACCCCCAAAAGAAAGCUGCUAAUUCAAGGAAUCCCAAUGGGGGGCAAGGAAUCCGUAGCCGGUGGUCCAACUGCCAUCACUGCUGUCGAGACCCAUGUGUGGUUUAAAAGAUUUAUGACAGAAUGUCCAUCUGGAUUGCAAACCCUGCACGAGUUCAAGGCGCUUCUGGGUCUCCAAGGCCUGAAUCAAAGGGCAAAUCAAUAUGUUGACCAAUUGUUUAAUAUUUUUGACAAGAACAAGGAUGGAUUUAUCGACUUUUUAGAGUUCAUUGCUGCCGUAAAUUUGGUCAUACGAGGGAAAAUGGACCAGAAACUGAAGUGGUAUUUUAAGCUCUAUGAUGCCGACGGAAAUGGAUCCAUCGACAGAAAGGAGCUGCUGAACAUCUUCACGGCAAUACAAGCCAUCAAUGGCCAAAACACCCUAAAUCCUCAGGAAUUUGCCAACUUGAUAUUUGAGAAGACAGAUACAAAUAAUGAUGGAGAAUUGACUUUAGAAGAAUUCAUCAGUGGCUUAGAAAAAGACCCACACCUUUUGGAGAUGAUUUCCAAGAGUUUUGACCUCUCCAAUGUACUGAAAAUAAUUCAACAUGAGAGGGAACAAGACACCUGAACCAAGACACUUGCCUUAGACCAUGGUCAAGAACAAAGAACCUUCAAGACUAGAGGAAACUUCAACUUUGGAGACUUCAUUCUGCCCAAAUGUCUUUCCCUACACUCAGUGAACACAGUAACUCCUGUAGCAAGAAAAUGAAGCGUUCUCUUGUGAGAGUGAAUCCUUCUAUUGUUGGGUACAGAUAUAACAUUCUUAAGUCAGACUAAUAAAUUAAACUAUAAUAUUCAA